CAUUUCCUUCCAUGAGAGGUUCGACACCGCUUGAUGUUGCAGCAGCCUCUGUAAUGGACAACAAUGAGCUUGCACUAGCAUUGGAGGAGCCAGAUCUCGAUAAAGUUGUCACUUACCUGGCAGGUUGUGGCCUGCAGAGUUGUCCAGUAUUGCUGGCUAAAGGAUAUCCAGACAUUGGAUGGAAUCCAAUAGAGGGUGAACGUUACCUGUCAUUCUUAAGAUUUGCAGUUUUUGUUAACAGUGAAAGUGUUGAGGAAAAUGCAAGUGUUGUUGUCAAGCUCCUUAUUCGACGGCCAGAGUGCUUUGGACCAGACCUUAGGGGAGAAGGAGGAAAUGGUUUGCUGGCAGCUAUGCAGGAAGCUAUCAGGAUCUCAGAGAAUCCUACUCGUGACCUUCCCUCCCAGGCAUAUAAAAGAGAAAGUGAUGAUGACGAUGAUGAGGAGGAGAUUGUGCACAUGGGCAAUGCAAUCAUGUCCUUUUACUCAGCUCUCAUAGAUUUACUUGGACGCUGUGCACCAGAAAUGCAUCUUAUUCAAAGUGGAAAAGGGGAAGCUAUUCGAAUCAGGUCAAUCCUUCGAUCUCUAGUGCCAACUGAAGAUUUGGUUGGGAUUAUAAGUAUACCACUAAAGCUGUCAACAGUUAACAAAGAUGGCACAGUAAAUGAGCCAGACAUGUCUGCAAAUUUCUGUCCUGAUCAUAAAGCACCCAUGGUACUUUUCUUGGACCGUGUCUAUGGUAUUAAGGACCAAAGCUUCCUCCUUCACCUGCUAGAGGUUGGAUUUCUACCGGAUUUAAGAGCCUCUGCCUCUUUGGAUACAGUUUCUCUAAGUACCACAGAAGCAGCUCUCGCACUAAAUAGAUAUAUUUGCUCAGCUGUGUUUCCAUUACUCAAAAGAUGUGCUCCCCUCUUUUCUGGAACAGAGCAUCACGCCUCUCUGGUUGACUCCAUGCUUCACACAAUAUAUAGGUUAUCCAAGGGACGUUCCCUUACAAAGGCACAAAGAGACACUAUUGAGGAAUGCCUGCUUGCUAUUUGCCACCACUUACGUCCCUCUAUGCUGCAACAGCUGUUGAGAAGGCUAGUUUUUGAUGUGCCCCUACUCAAUGAAUACUGUAAAAUGCCUCUCAAGCUUCUGACAAAUCACUAUGAGCAGUGCUGGAAAUAUUAUUGUCUGCCUUCAGGAAUGGGAAGCUAUGGAAUUGCAGCAGAAGAAGAAUUACAUUUAACUGAAAAACUUUUCUGGGGAAUAUUUGAUUCCUUGUCUCACAAGAAGUAUGAUCCAGAGCUCUUUCGAAUGGCUUUGCCUUGUCUAAGUGCUAUAGCUGGUGCUUUGCCCCCUGAUUAUUUAGAUACACGGAUUAAGUCAACUUUGGAAAAGCAGACUUCAAUGGAUCCAGAAGGAAAUUUUGAUCCCAAACCUGUCAGCACAGCAAACCUUGUACUUCCUGAAAAGUUGGAGUAUAUUGUCAGCAAGUAUGCGGAACAUUCACAUGAUAAAUGGGCCUUUGAUAAGACUAAUAGUGGAUGGAAAUACGGUGUUUCACUGGAUGAAAAUGUGAAGACUCACCCAUUAAUAAGACCCUUCAAAACUUUAACUGAAAAGGAAAAAGAAAUUUAUCGCUGGCCUGCCAGAGAAUCACUGAAAACUAUGUUGGCCAUGGGAUGGAGCCUAGAAAGAACCAAGGAAGGAGGAGAAGCAAUAAUACAUCAGCGUGAAAAUGAAAAGCUCCGCAGCAUAUCUCAGUCCAGCCAGGGAAAUGGGUAUAGUCCUGCACCACUUGAUCUCUCUAAUGUGGUGCUUUCUCGGGAGCUUCAGGGAAUGGUUGAGGUAAUGGCAGAAAACUACCAUAACAUAUGGGCCAAAAAGAAGAAAAUGGAGUUGGAAAGCAAAGGUGGAGGUAGUCAUCCUUUAUUAGUACCUUACGACACAUUGACAGCCAAGGAGAAAUCACGGGACCGUGAAAAGGCACAAGAGCUGUUUAAAUUCCUUCAAGUCAAUGGUAUAGUCAUAUCUCGAGGUGUGAAUGACAUGGAGUUGGAUGCUUCAUCCAUGGAAAAGAGGUUUGCCUUUAAGUUUCUGAAGAAAAUUUUAAAAUAUGUCGAUUCUGCUCAAGAGUUUAUUGCACAUUUGGAAGCCAUUGUAACCAGUGGAAAAACUGAAAAAUCUCCACAUGACCAAGAAAUAAAAUUCUUUGCCAAAGUUCUUUUACCAUUAGUUGAUCAGUACUUUACAAAUCACUGCCUCUACUUCCUGUCUUCUCCAACAAAAACACUCAGUAGCAGUGGAUAUGCAUCAAAUAAGGAAAAGGAAAUGGUAGCAAGCCUUUUCUGCAAGCUAGCUGCACUUGUUAGACAUAGGAUCUCACUUUUCGGUAGUGAUUCUGCUACAAUGGUGAACUGCCUGCACAUCUUAGCUCAGUCUCUUGACACACGAACUGUUAUGAAAUCAGGAUCUGAGCUUGUUAAAGCUGGAUUGCGUGCCUUUUUUGAAAAUGCAGCUGAAGACCUGGAAAAAACUUCAGAAAAUCUUAAACUUGGAAAAUUUACCCAUUCACGAACCCAAAUCAAGGGUGUUUCACAGAAUAUCAAUUAUACUACAGUAGCAUUGUUACCGAUCUUGACAUCAAUAUUUGAACAUAUUUCACAAUAUCAGUUUGGAAUUGAUUUACUUUUGGGUGAUGUACAAGUUUCAUGUUACAGAAUUCUUUGUAGCCUCUAUUCCCUUGGGACUGGGAAGAACAUCUAUGUUGAAAGGCAGCGUCCCGCACUUGGUGAGUGCUUAGCAUCUCUUGCAGCAGCCAUUCCAGUAGCGUUCCUUGAACCUUCUCUAAACCAUUACAACCCACUGUCUGUUUUCAACACAAAAAGUGCAAGAGAAAGAGCAAUUUUAGGUAUGCCUGAUACAGUAGAAGAGAUGUGUCCAGAGAUCCCACAGUUAGAUGGACUAAUAAAAGAGAUCAAUGAUUUAGCAGAAUCUGGAGCAAGAUAUACUGAAAUGCCUCAUGUAAUUGAGGUUAUCUUACCCAUGCUAUGCAACUAUUUAUCCUACUGGUGGGAAAGAGGGUCUGAGAGUGUUCCUCAAAGUGCUGGGCCUUGCUGUACAAUGAUAACAUCUGAGCAUCUGAGCAUUGUUCUUGGAAACAUUCUGAAAAUCAUUAACAAUAAUCUGGGAAUAGAUGAAGCAUCUUGGAUGAAAAGAAUUGCAGUUUAUGCUCAACCCAUCAUCAGCAAAGCUAGACCUGAUCUGCUCAAAACUCACUUUAUUCCAACACUGGAGAAAUUGAAGAAGAAAGCUAUAAAGAUAGUGAUGGAAGAGGAGCAACUGAGAGCAGAUAGUAAAACUGACACUCAAGAAGCUGAGCUACUCAUUCUUGAUGAGUUUGCUGUUCUUUGUCGAGACCUUUACGCCUUCUAUCCAAUGUUGAUACGUUAUGUAGACAACAACAGAGCCAACUGGCUAAAGAAACCAGAUGCAGAUUCUGAUGAACUCUUUCGAAUGGUAGCUGAAGUUUUUAUCCUGUGGUGUAAAUCACAUAAUUUCAAAAGAGAAGAACAAAAUUUUGUUAUUCAGAAUGAAAUCAAUAAUUUGGCAUUUUUAACAGGAGACACAAAGAGCAAGAUGUCUAAAGCCAUGCAAGUAAAGUCUGGAGGACAAGAUCAAGAGAGAAAGAAAUCAAAACGUAGAGGGGAUUUAUACUCCAUACAAACAUCUCUGAUUGUAGCUGCACUUAAAAAGAUGCUUCCUAUUGGUCUGAAUAUGUGUACUCCUGGAGAUCAAGAGCUCAUCUCUUUGGCUAAGAUGAGAUACAGCCAUAGGGACACUGAUGAGGAAGUCAAAGAACAUUUACGUAACAACUUACAUUUGCAGGAAAAGUCUGAUGAUCCAGCUGUGAAAUGGCAGUUAAAUCUGUACAAGGACAUUUUGAAAAGCGGUGAACCUAAUGACCCUGAGAGAAAUGUGGAACGUGUGCAGAGGAUAUCAGCUGCUCUGUAUCAUCUGGAACAGGUUGAACAACCACUGAGGUCGAAGAAAGCUGUUUGGCACAAGCUCCUGUCAAAACAACGUAAAAGGGCUGUUGUUGCAUGUUUCAGAAUGGCCCCAUUAUACAAUCUGCCAAGGCACCGUUCUAUUAACCUCUUCCUCCAUGGCUAUCAGAACUAUUGGAUAGAAACAGAGGAAUAUUCAUUUGAGGAGAAACUAGUUCAGGAUUUGGCUACACUUCCAAAAAAAGAAGAAGAGGAAGAAGAAGAGACCGAGAAAAAACAUCCUGAUCCACUUCAUCAGAUUAUACUCUAUUUUAGUCGCAGUGCUCUCACAGAGAGAAGUAAACUAGAAGAUGAUCCUUUAUAUAUUGCCUAUUCCGCCAUGAUGGCAAAGAGCUGCCAGGAAGAAGAAGAAGAGGAAGAAGAAAAAGAAAAGACAUUUGAGGAGAAAGAAAUGGAAAAACAGAGAACUCUUUAUCAACAAGCUCGCUUACAUGAUCGUGGAGCUGCUGAGAUGGUCCUUCAGAUGAUUAGCGCAAGCAAAGGUCACACUGGACCCACGGUUGUUGAAACACUAAAACUUGGUAUUGCUAUUCUAAAUGGUGGGAAUACCAUAGUUCAACAGAAAAUGCUGGACUACUUGAAGGAGAAGAAGGAUGCUGGAUUUUUUCAAAGUCUCUCUGGCUUGAUGCAGUCCUGCAGUGUUCUUGACUUGAAUGCGUUUGAGAGACAAAAUAAAGCAGAAGGCCUGGGAAUGGUUACUGAAGAAGGAACUCUCAUCGUUCGUGAGCGUGGUGAAAAGGUGUUGCAGCAUGAUGAAUUUACUCGAGAUUUAUUUAGAUUUUUACAACUGCUCUGUGAAGGGCAUAACAAUGAUUUUCAAAAUUAUCUACGUACUCAGAUGGGCAACACCACAACAGUGAAUAUUAUCAUUAGUACAGUUGACUAUCUCUUGCGUCUUCAGGAAUCAAUCAGUGACUUCUAUUGGUAUUAUUCAGGAAAGGAUGUCAUUGAUGAAUCAGGACAACGUAACUUCUCUAAAGCUUUGGCUGUCACCAAACAAAUAUUCAAUUCCCUUACAGAAUAUAUCCAGGGCCCUUGCAUAGGUAAUCAACAGAGUCUGGCUCAUAGUAGGCUGUGGGAUGCAGUUGUUGGGUUUCUUCAUGUCUUUGCCAAUAUGCAGAUGAAACUUUCACAGGACUCUGCUCAGAUUGAAUUGCUAAAAGAACUGCUAGAUCUGCUGAAGGAUAUGGUAGUGAUGCUCUUGUCACUGCUUGAAGGUAACGUCGUAAAUGGAACUAUUGGAAAGCAAAUGGUAGACACACUUGUAGAAUCAUCUAGCAAUGUAGAAAUGAUUUUGAAGUUCUUUGACAUGUUCCUCAAGUUAAAAGAUCUGACUAACUCAGAAGCUUUCAAAGAACAUGACCCAGAAGGCAAAGGCAUCAUUUCAAAGAAGGAAUUCCAGAAAUCAAUGGAGGCUCAAAAACAAUAUAUACAGUCAGAGAUUGAAUCAGAAGCUGAUGAAAAUGAUAUGUUUAACUAUGUUGAUUUUGUGGAAAGAUUCCAUGAACCAGCCAAAGACAUUGGAUUUAAUGUAGCAGUAUUGCUAACAAACCUUUCAGAGCACAUGCCUAAUGAUUCACGCCUUCAGAGCUUACUUGAACCUGCAGAAAGUGUUCUUAAUUACUUUGAACCAUACCUCGGACGUAUUGAAAUAAUGGGUGGGGCCAAGAAAAUAGAAAGAGUUUACUUUGAAAUCAGUGAAUCCAGUAGAAUGCAGUGGGAGAAGCCACAGGUGAAGGAAUCCAAAAGGCAGUUCAUAUUUGAUGUUGUAAAUGAAGGCGGAGAGCAAGAAAAAAUGGAACUCUUUGUGAAUUUCUGUGAAGACACAAUCUUUGAAAUGCAGUUAGCAUCCCAGAUCUCUGAAACGGAUUCAUCUGAUAGGCUUGAGGAAGAGGAAGAGGCAGAGCCUUGUUAUGUAGUGGAUAUUGGAGAUGAUGAAGAAGAAGAAAAGUCCCUGGAACCUGCUUCAGCUUUUGCAAUGGCCUGUGUUUCAGUGAAGAAGAAUGUCGCCAACUUUUUUAAAAUGGUCACUAUGAAGAACCUACGGAAACAAUACAGGAAAGUUAGAAAGAUGACAGUAAAAGAGAUGGUGAAAGUGUUUUUCUCCUUUUUCUGGAUCCUAUUUGUAGGGAUGUUCCAACUGUUCUUUACUAUAGUGUGGGGAAUUUUCCAGAUUCUUUGGAGCACUGUAUUUGGGGGUGGCCUGGUUGAAGGAGCCAAAAACAUUAAAGUUACUAAAAUAUUAGGGGACAUGCCUGACCCGACACAGUUUGGAAUCCAUGAUGAUGUUAUGGAAGCAGAAAAAGCUGAAGGCGCUCAGCAUGGCAUCAGAGCUGAACUUGCGCAGUUUGUGAAGGGUGAAAAGGUUGAAACUGACAUAAUCUCAGACAUUUUUGGCAUUCAUACAAAGAAAGAAGGAGGCUCAAAACAUGGUCAUGAUGCUGGACUUGGAGAUAUUGCAGAAAUCCUUGGUACUGAUAUCCAGUCAUCUUUGGAAAACACAGUUCGUAAGAAAAAAGGAUUACAGAUAUCUGAAAUUGCAAAAGAAGCUGAAACAGAGAGAAAAGCAGAAGCUGAGAAGGCUGACAUGGAAGAUGGUGAGAAACAAGAUAGAGCAAAGGAAGUACAAUCUGAGCAGCUAGAAGAGGGAAAAUUGAAGAAAAAGAAGCGAAGGCAUGGACAAAAAAUUGAGAAACCAGAGGCUGUUAUGGCUAACUUCUUCAAAGCUUUGGAAAUUUAUCAAACAAAAAUGCUUCAUUACUUGGCAAGAAAUUUUUAUAACUUAAGGUUUCUUGCUCUAUUUGUCGCAUUUGCCAUCAACUUUAUUCUUCUAUUUUAUAAG